UUUUUUACUCUUGUAUUUCGAUUUUAUACAUUUUACAUGAACACGUGACUUAUCCAGACCAAAACCAUGCUAAGGAUAUUAUUAUUGUUUUAUAUAAUUAUUGCUGUUACCAAAGGGCAUAAUAAUAAACUAACCAACGAUGCAGAUCUACAGUCGGAGCUCCUACCACAAGAGUUGAACCCAUUUUUUGUACCCGCGGAAGAGACACAAAUGCAAUCCAUGCCUCUACCGCUGCGUUUACGUCGUAACUCCGAAGUCGUCACAAUCCCGGAGAACACCACAAUGCAACAGGUGAAGACAUAUACCCGCAUCGUCGCUGGAGUCGUGUUGGUGCUGUCCGCCAUUGUGGAAAUCGUGUCGUACAUUUGGGAGGCAUACGCCGUAUAAUUUAGAAAUAAAUAUAUUCGUUAUAA